GCCAAACCGUCUCCUUCAACCUUCCCGCCCUCGCCCGCAGCCACCUACCUGCCAAGUGGCCAAGCGCGACAUGUUGUUUCAUCCUCACUCAUGAUCUCUACCCUCCUCUCUCACACUACUCCUGACUUAUUUCUAGCUCGGCCAUCAGUAGUGCUGGUGCGGGCGAUACCUUGGUAGGAAGGAGUCUGGAUAUAUCUUAUCUGACACCCCCCCCGAUCCGCCCAAACCCUCACGAUGGCUUCCUCCGACAACCUCCCGAGGACAUCCCACGAGUCCCACCGCUCCGACACAUCUGUCUCAACCACAAGCAUCGUCUUCGACCAGAUCAACGACCGCAUGUUAAACCACCAGCCCCCUUCUUCUUCCAAGCGCCGGACCUCCCCCCCUGCCGCCCGUCGAAGCAACGCUCCCUAUGCCGACCGCGACACCAUCUCCGAGUUCGACGACGAUGACCCGCUCAAGGAGGAGGCGUCCAGCGACCUCGAGACCGGCCCCUUCCUCCCCAAUGGCGCCGCCGUAGCCCGCCCCAAGCACAUGGACAGGAGUCUGAAGCGCCUGGUCCUGAUCCUGUCUGGCGUGUUCGUCGCCGCCUGGGUGGUCGCCCUGGUUGUCUACAUAUCCUCCAAAUCCUACAAGCACGGCUCCAACUUCGAACAUGACCCGCAAGCUACCGUCGCGCGGAGUAGUGGUAAGAAGCUCACCCUCGGCGAAAUCAUGUCGGGCAACUGGAGGCCUGUCACACAUACCAUGAGCUGGGUUGCAGGCCCAAACGGGGAGGACGGGCUGCUGCUGGAACAGGACGCUGCUGGCAAAGACUACCUGGUGGUAGAGGACGUUAGGAGCCGGGAUCCAGAGGCGGCCGCCGGUGUUGAUGCUGCGAAAUCAACGACCCUGAUCAAGAGCGGCAGGUUCGGUUUUGAGGGCACCCAGCACCAGAUCGUUGGUGCUUGGCCCAGCGCGGAUAUGAAAAAGGUGCUCAUCAGCACCAACCAGGAGCAAGUUUUCAGGCAUUCCGUCACGGCCAGGUACUGGAUAUUUGAUGUCGCAAGACAAGCCGCGGAACCGCUGAUCCCCGGGGCCACUGAUGCUCCGGUGCAGCUUGCCAAGUGGAGCCCCACGAGCAACGCGAUCGCCUUCGUCAGGGAGAACAACCUGUACCUGCGCUGGGUUGACUCCCAAGAGGUGCGCCAGAUCACCGAGGACGGAGGCGAGAAUUACUUCUACGGGCGACCGGAUUGGGUGUACGAAGAGGAGGUUCUCGGAGGUGACACUGCAACCUGGUGGUCCGAGGACGGAAAGUAUCUCGCCUUCUUCAGGACAAAUGAUACGGCUGUGCCCGAGUAUCCCGUCCAGUACUUCGUAUCGAAGCCGAAAGGCGGGCAUCUCAACUCACUGGAGAACUAUCCUGAGGAGCUCUACAUGAAAUACCCCAAGGCUGGCGCGCCUAACCCCGUCGUGGACCUGCUUUUCCACGAUGUCGAUCGCGGCGACAACUUCGAGGUGAACAUCGAAGGGGGCUUCACGGACGAGGAUCGCCUCAUCACUACGGUUGUCUGGGCGGGACAAAGCGUUCUCAUAAAAGAGACGAAUCGUAUCUCUGACAUCAUGAGGGUGGUUCUGGUCGAUGUCGCAGCUCGCUCAGGAAAGACUGUCAGGGCGGUGGAUGUCGGCAAGCUGGACGGAGGCUGGUUCGAGAUAUCUCAGAACACUCGCUACAUACCCCCAGACCCAACCAAUGGACGGCCCGAGGCUGGCUAUAUCGACACUGUGAUCUACGAUGAUGGCGAUCACUUGGCAUACUUCUCACCCCUGGACAACCCAGAACCCACCAUGAUCACCAAGGGUAAUUGGGAGGUCGACAGCGCCCCGUCAGCAGUGGACCUGAAAAACAACCUGGUCUACUUUAUCGGCACCAAGGAAUCCUCGACUACGCGCCACAUCUACACAGUCAAGAUAGACGGAACUGACCUGAAGCCCAUGACGGAGACCUCUGAAGAGGCUUAUUAUUCUGCUUCAUUCUCUUCGGGAGCAGGGUACGCCCUGCUGAACUACCAGGGCCCAAAGAUACCCUGGCAGAAGGUUGUGAGCACGCCUAGCAACCCCGAAAAGUACGAGCACGUUGUGGAGACGAACAAAGACCUCGCAGAACGCGCUAAGAAAUACGAGCUGCCCAUUAAGAUCUACGGCACGAUAAAUGUGGAUGGGGUCGAACUGAACUACAUCGAGCGCCGGCCGGCCCAUUUCAACCCCAAGAAGAAGUACCCCGUCUUAUUCUACCAGUACAGCGGCCCCGGGUCGCAGGAGGUAAAGAAAACGUUCAAGCAGGACUUCCAGUCCUCCUUGACGCACCACGGCUACAUCGUCGUGACGGUUGACGGCCGUGGAACCGGCUUCAUCGGACGCAAGAACCGCGUGGUCAUUCGGGGACAGCUAGGUCACUGGGAGUCUCACGACCAGAUCGCCGCCGCGAAACACUGGGCGUCACUCUCGUACGUGGACGCAUCACGGAUCGCGAUCUGGGGGUGGUCGUACGGCGGGUACAUGACGCUCAAGACGCUGGAGCAGGACGCCGGGCAGACGUUCAGCUACGGCAUGGCGGUGGCGCCGGUGACGGACUGGCGGUAUUACGACUCGGUGUACACGGAGCGGUACAUGAAGACGCCGCAGGAGAACGCCGCGGGCUACGACGGUACGGCCAUCAGCAACGCGUCGGCGCUCGCGCAGAACGUGCGGUUCCUGGUGAUGCACGGCACGGCGGACGACAACGUGCACGUGCAGAACACGCUGACGCUGCUGGACAAGCUCGACGUGGCGGGCGUGGCUAAUUACGACGUGCACGUCUUCCCGGACUCGGACCACGGCAUCUACUUCCACAACGCCAACGAGAUCGUGUACGAGAAGCUGCAGGACUGGCUCAUCAACGCAUUCAACGGGGAGUGGCUCAAGAUCGCCGACCCCGUGUCCAAGGAUGCGAACCUGGCCAAGAGGGGCGGGCCUCUGGCUGGGGGGGACUAGCGUUGCUUUGUUGUACUUGUACGGGAUCGUAGUGUAGGUUUGACAGAUUGUAGAUACCCAUAGCAUUGUAAUUACGAGUAUGUCUUGAA